AUGGGGAGACGGCGGCGGUUGUGUCUCCAGCCCUACUUCGUGUGGCUGGGUUGCGUGGCGCUCUGGGCGCAGGGCACAGAUGGCCAGCCCCAGCCUCCGCCACCAAAGACGCUCCGGCCCCAGCCGCCCCCGCAACAGGUCCGGCCCGCAGGAGCGGGCUCCGAAGGUGGCUUCGCGGGGCCUGAGUAUCGGGACGAGGGCGCGGUAGCGGCGAGCCGGGUCCGCAGGCGAGGACAGCAGGAAAUACUCCGAGGGCCCAACGUGUGCGGUUCUAGAUUCCACUCCUAUUGCUGCCCGGGAUGGAAGACGCUCCCAGGAGGAAAUCAGUGCAUUGUCCCCAUUUGCAGGAACAGCUGUGGAGACGGAUUCUGUUCCCGCCCCAACAUGUGUACUUGUUCCAGCGGACAAAUAUCCCCGACCUGUGGAGCAAAAUCAAUUCAGCAGUGUAGUGUGAGGUGCAUGAACGGUGGGACCUGUGCGGAUGACCACUGUCAGUGCCAGAAGGGAUACAUCGGGACUUACUGUGGACAACCUGUCUGUGAGAAUGGAUGCCAAAAUGGUGGGCGUUGCAUCGGCCCUAACCGCUGUGCUUGUGUUUAUGGAUUCACCGGGCCACAGUGCGAAAGAGAUUACAGGACAGGCCCAUGUUUCACUCAAGUCAAUAAUCAGAUGUGCCAGGGGCAGCUGACAGGCAUCGUCUGCACGAAGACGCUGUGCUGUGCCACCAUUGGGCGAGCCUGGGGCCAUCCCUGUGAGAUGUGCCCAGCCCAGCCUCAGCCCUGCCGCCGGGGCUUCAUCCCCAACAUCCGCACCGGAGCCUGUCAGGAUGUUGACGAAUGCCAGGCAAUUCCAGGAUUGUGCCAGGGCGGAAACUGUAUCAACACAGUGGGCUCUUUUGAAUGCAGAUGCCCUGCUGGUCACAAGCAGAGUGAAACCACACAGAAAUGUGAAGACAUCGACGAGUGCAGCGUGGUUCCUGGAAUCUGUGAGACAGGCGACUGUUCCAACACCGUGGGAAGCUAUUUUUGUCUCUGUCCACGUGGCUUUGUUACCUCAACAGAUGGCUCCCGGUGCAUUGAUCAGAGAACUGGCACAUGCUUCUCCGGCCUGGUGAAUGGCCGCUGUGCUCAAGAACUCCCAGGCAGAAUGGCAAAAGCUCAGUGCUGCUGCGAGCCCGGCCGUUGCUGGGGUAUCGGGACUAUUCCUGAGGCUUGUCCUGUCAGAGGUUCUGAAGAGUACCGUAGACUGUGCCUGGACGGUCUUCCAAUGGGCGGUAUUCCGGGGAGUUCAGUUUCUAGACCUGGAGGGUCUGGAGGCAACGGCAAUGGUUAUGGCCCAGGAGGGACAGGUUUCCUGCCCAUCCCUGGAGGCAAUGGCUUUUCUCCUGGUGUUGGAGGAGCUGGAGUAGGAGCUGGAGGGCAGGGACCCAUCAUCACGGGACUAACAAUUCUCAACCAGACAAUAGACAUCUGUAAGCACCACGCCAACUUGUGUUUGAACGGACGUUGCAUACCUACUGUUUCCAGCUACAGAUGCGAAUGUAACAUGGGCUACAAGCAGGAUGCUAAUGGAGAUUGUAUAGAUGUCGAUGAAUGUACGUCAAACCCCUGCAGUCAUGGAGAUUGUGUUAACACACCUGGAUCCUAUUACUGUAAAUGUCACGCUGGAUUCCAGAGGACUCCUACGAAGCAAGCAUGUAUCGACAUUGAUGAGUGCAUCCAGAAUGGAGUCCUGUGUAAAAAUGGCCGAUGCGUGAACACAGAUGGAAGCUUCCAGUGCAUUUGCAAUGCUGGCUUUGAGUUAACCACAGACGGAAAAAACUGUGUUGACCACGAUGAAUGUACAACAACCAACAUGUGCUUGAAUGGGAUGUGUAUCAAUGAAGAUGGCAGCUUCAAGUGCGUGUGCAAGCCAGGCUUUGUCCUGGCUCCAAAUGGCCGCUACUGCACAGACGUGGACGAGUGCCAGACCCCGGGCAUCUGCAUGAACGGGCACUGCAUCAACAACGAAGGGUCCUUCCGCUGUGACUGUCCUCCUGGCCUGGCUGUGGGUGUGGAUGGACGUGUAUGUGUUGACACGCAUAUGCGCAGCACCUGCUAUGGGGAAAUCAAGAAAGGAGUGUGUGUGCGGCCCUUCCCGGGUGCAGUGACCAAGUCUGAAUGCUGCUGUGCUAAUCCAGACUAUGGUUUUGGAGAGCCCUGCCAGCCUUGCCCUGCUAAAAAUUCAGCGGAGUUCCAUGGUCUUUGUAGCGGUGGCGUAGGCAUCACUGUGGAUGGAAGAGAUAUCAACGAGUGUGCUUUGGAUCCUGACAUAUGUGCCAACGGGAUCUGUGAAAACUUGCGAGGCAGCUACCGGUGUAACUGCAACAGCGGCUAUGAGCCGGACGCCUCGGGAAGGAAUUGCAUUGACAUUGAUGAGUGCUUGGUAAACAGGCUGCUUUGUGACAAUGGCCUAUGCAGAAAUACCCCCGGCAGUUACAGCUGCACGUGUCCUCCUGGCUAUGUGUUCCGGACAGAGACAGAGACCUGCGAAGAUGUCAAUGAAUGUGAGAGCAACCCGUGUGUCAAUGGGGCCUGCAGGAACAACCUGGGCUCUUUCCACUGCGAGUGCUCACCUGGGAGCAAGCUCAGCUCCACGGGACUGAUCUGCAUCGACAGCCUGAAAGGGACCUGCUGGCUCAACAUCCAGGACAACCGCUGCGAAGUGAACAUUAACGGAGCCACCCUGAAAUCUGAAUGCUGUGCCACGCUUGGAACUGCCUGGGGGAGCCCCUGCGAGCGCUGCGAGCUAGAUGCAGCUUGCCCAAGAGGGUUCGCCAGGAUCAAAGGCGUGACCUGCGAAGACGUUAAUGAGUGCGAGGUGUUUCCUGGCGUCUGUCCAAAUGGACGCUGUGUCAACAACAAAGGCUCUUUCCACUGUGAAUGCCCUGAAGGCCUUACUCUGGAUGGCACAGGCCGAGUGUGUCUGGAUGUCCGCAUGGAGCACUGCUUCCUGAAGUGGGAUGAGGAUGAGUGUGUCCACCCCGUCCCCGGGAAGUUCCGCAUGGACGCCUGCUGCUGUGCGGUCGGGGCGGCUUGGGGCACAGAGUGUGAAGAGUGUCCCAAACCUGGCACCAAGGAAUAUGAGACCCUGUGUCCCCGGGGCCCUGGUUUUGCUAACAGAGGGGACGUCCUCACUGGGCGUCCAUUUUACAAAGAUAUCAACGAGUGCAAGGCCUUUCCUGGGAUGUGCACCUAUGGGAAGUGCAGAAACACAAUCGGAAGCUUCAAGUGUCGUUGCAACAGUGGCUUUGCCCUGGACAUGGAGGAGAGAAACUGUACUGACAUUGAUGAGUGCAGGAUCUCCCCUGACCUCUGUGGCAGUGGCAUCUGUGUCAACACGCCAGGCAGCUUUGACUGCGAGUGCUUUGAGGGCUACGAGAGCGGCUUCAUGAUGAUGAAGAAUUGCAUGGACAUUGACGAAUGUGAACGUAACCCUCUCCUUUGUAGGGGUGGCACCUGUGUGAACACUGAGGGAAGCUUUCAGUGUGACUGCCCACUGGGACACGAGCUGUCGCCGUCCCGUGAGGACUGCAUAGAUAUUAAUGAGUGCUCCCUGAGUGACAAUCUCUGCAGAAAUGGCAAAUGUGUGAACAUGAUUGGAACCUACCAGUGUUCUUGCAAUCCUGGGUACCAGGCCACGCCAGACCGCCAGGGCUGUACAGAUAUCGAUGAGUGUAUGAUAAUGAACGGGGGCUGCGACACCCAGUGCACCAACUCAGAAGGAAGCUACGAAUGCAGCUGCAGCGAGGGGUACGCACUGAUGCCAGACGGACGAUCGUGCGCAGAUAUCGACGAAUGUGAAAACAACCCCGACAUCUGUGACGGCGGCCAGUGUACCAACAUUCCGGAGUAUCGCUGCCUCUGCUACGAUGGCUUCAUGGCGUCGAUGGACAUGAGAACAUGCAUCGAUGUGAACGAGUGUGACCUGAAUCCCAACAUCUGCAUGUUUGGGGAGUGUGAGAACACGAAGGGCUCCUUCAUUUGCCACUGCCAGCUGGGCUACUCAGUGAAGAAGGGGACCACGGGAUGCACAGACGUGGACGAGUGUGAAAUUGGCGCCCACAACUGUGACAUGCACGCCUCGUGCCUGAAUGUCCCUGGGAGCUUCAAAUGCAGCUGCAGAGAAGGCUGGGUGGGAAAUGGCAUCAAAUGCAUUGAUCUGGAUGAAUGCUCGAAUGGAACCCACCAGUGCAGCAUAAACGCCCAGUGUGUCAACACCCCAGGCUCGUACCGAUGUGCCUGCUCGGAGGGUUUCACGGGAGACGGCUUUACUUGCUCAGACGUUGAUGAGUGUGCGGAAAACAUAAACCUUUGUGAGAAUGGCCAAUGCCUGAACGUCCCGGGAGCUUACCGCUGCGAAUGUGAGAUGGGCUUCACCCCAGCCUCAGACAGCAGGUCCUGCCAAGAUAUUGACGAAUGCUCCUUCCAAAAUAUCUGCGUCUUCGGGACGUGCAACAAUCUGCCUGGGAUGUUUCACUGCAUCUGUGACGAUGGUUACGAACUGGACAGAACAGGAGGCAACUGCACAGAUAUUGACGAGUGCGCAGAUCCCAUAAACUGUGUCAAUGGCCUAUGCGUGAACACGCCUGGUCGCUAUGAGUGUAACUGCCCGCCUGACUUUCAGCUGAACCCCACUGGCGUGGGCUGCGUUGACAACCGCGUGGGCAACUGUUACCUGAAGUUUGGUCCUCGAGGAGAUGGGAGUCUGUCCUGCAACACAGAGGUCGGCGUGGGCGUCAGUCGCUCCUCCUGCUGCUGCUCCCUGGGGAAGGCCUGGGGAAACCCCUGUGAGACGUGCCCUCCUGUAAACAGCACUGAGUACUAUACGCUGUGUCCUGGUGGGGAAGGCUUUAGGCCGAACCCCAUCACGAUCAUCUUAGAAGACAUUGACGAAUGUCAGGAGUUACCAGGGCUCUGCCAGGGUGGAAACUGUAUCAACACUUUCGGGAGCUUCCAGUGUGAGUGUCCACAAGGUUACUACCUCAGUGAAGAAACCCGCAUCUGUGAAGAUAUUGAUGAGUGCUUCGCCCAUCCCGGCGUGUGUGGACCUGGAACCUGCUACAACACUCUGGGGAAUUACACUUGCAUUUGCCCACCGGAGUACAUGCAAGUCAACGGAGGACACAACUGCAUGGACAUGAGGAAAAGCUUUUGCUACAGAAGCUACAACGGGACCACUUGUGAAAACGAGUUGCCUUUUAAUGUGACAAAGAGGAUGUGCUGCUGCACGUACAACGUCGGCAAGGCCUGGAACAAACCUUGUGAGCCAUGCCCUACACCGGGGACAGCUGACUUUAAAACUAUAUGUGGAAAUAUUCCCGGAUUCACCUUUGACAUUCACACAGGAAAAGCUGUUGACAUUGACGAGUGUAAAGAGAUUCCGGGCAUCUGUGCAAACGGCGUGUGCAUUAACCAGAUCGGCAGUUUCCGCUGUGAAUGCCCGACAGGCUUCAGUUACAACGACCUGCUCUUGGUCUGUGAAGACAUCGACGAGUGCAGCAAUGGCGACAACCUGUGCCAACGCAACGCAGACUGCAUCAACAGCCCAGGCAGCUACCGCUGCGAGUGUGCGGCCGGCUUCAAGCUCUCCCCCAACGGGGCCUGUGUAGAUCGCAAUGAAUGUUUGGAGAUUCCUAAUGUUUGCAGUCAUGGGCUGUGUGUUGAUUUGCAAGGAAGUUACCAGUGCAUCUGCAACAACGGCUUCAAGGCGUCUCAAGACCAGACCAUGUGCAUGGAUGUUGAUGAGUGUGAGAGGCACCCCUGUGGAAACGGGACUUGUAAGAACACUGUCGGGUCCUACAACUGUCUGUGCUACCCUGGCUUCGAGCUCACCCACAACAAUGACUGCCUGGACAUAGAUGAGUGCAGCUCGUUCUUUGGCCAGGUGUGCAGAAAUGGGCGGUGCUUCAAUGAAAUCGGCUCCUUCAAGUGUCUGUGCAACGAGGGCUACGAACUUACUCCGGACGGCAAGAACUGUAUCGAUACUAAUGAGUGUGUCGCACUCCCUGGCUCCUGCUCCCCUGGGACCUGUCAGAAUUUGGAGGGAUCCUUCAGGUGCAUCUGUCCCCCCGGAUAUGAAGUGAAAAGCGAAAAUUGCAUUGAUAUAAAUGAAUGUGACGAGGACCCCAACAUUUGCCUCUUUGGUUCCUGCACCAACACCCCAGGGGGCUUCCAAUGCAUCUGUCCCCCCGGCUUUGUCUUGUCUGACAACGGACGGAGAUGCUUCGAUACCCGCCAGAGCUUCUGCUUCACCAACUUUGAAAACGGAAAGUGUUCUGUACCCAAAGCCUUCAACACCACCAAAGCAAAAUGCUGUUGCAGCAAGAUGCCAGGCGAGGGCUGGGGGGACCCGUGUGAGCUGUGCCCCAAAGACGAUGAAGUUGCCUUCCAGGAUUUGUGUCCAUAUGGCCAUGGGACAGUCCCUAGUCUUCAUGACACACGUGAAGAUGUCAAUGAGUGCCUUGAGAGCCCAGGCAUUUGCUCAAACGGUCAGUGCAUUAACACUGACGGAUCCUUCCGAUGUGAGUGUCCGAUGGGCUACAAUCUGGAUUACAGUGGAGUCCGGUGUGUGGACACUGAUGAGUGUUCUAUCGGUAAUCCCUGUGGGAACGGGACCUGCACCAACGUGAUCGGGAGUUUCGAAUGCAAUUGCAAUGAGGGCUUUGAGCCGGGGCCCAUGAUGAACUGUGAAGACAUCAAUGAGUGUGCCCAGAACCCGCUGCUCUGCGCUUUCCGCUGCAUGAACACUUUUGGAUCCUAUGAAUGCACGUGCCCAGUUGGCUACGCCCUCAGGGAAGACCAAAAGAUGUGUAAAGAUCUGGAUGAAUGCGCCGAGGGGCUUCACGACUGUGAGUCCAGAGGCAUGAUGUGUAAGAACCUGAUCGGCACCUUCAUGUGCAUCUGCCCCCCUGGCAUGGCCCGCAGGCCAGACGGAGAAGGCUGCGUAGACGAAAACGAAUGCAGGACCAAGCCCGGCAUCUGUGAAAAUGGACGCUGCGUUAACAUCAUUGGAAGCUACAGAUGUGAGUGCAACGAAGGAUUCCAGUCUAGCUCCUCGGGCACCGAAUGCCUUGACAACCGACAGGGCCUGUGCUUCGCAGAGGUGCUGCAGACAAUGUGUCAGAUGGCCUCCAGUAGCCGCAACCUCGUCACAAAGUCAGAAUGCUGCUGUGAUGGCGGGCGAGGCUGGGGCCACCAGUGUGAGCUCUGCCCACUUCCUGGAACUGCCCAGUACAAAAAGAUCUGCCCCCAUGGCCCAGGAUAUGCCACUGACGGAAGAGAUAUUGACGAAUGUAAGGUGAUGCCAAGCCUCUGUACUAAUGGCCAGUGUGUCAACACCAUGGGCUCCUUCCGGUGCUUCUGCAAGGUUGGCUACACCACAGACAUCAGCGGGACAGCUUGUGUAGACCUGGAUGAAUGUUCCCAGUCUCCAAAACCAUGCAACUUCAUCUGCAAGAACACCGAGGGCAGUUACCAGUGCUCCUGCCCACGGGGUUAUGUCCUGCAGGAAGACGGCAAGACGUGCAAAGACCUCGAUGAAUGUCAAACCAAACAGCACAACUGCCAGUUCCUCUGUGUCAACACCCUGGGGGGGUUCACCUGUAAAUGUCCACCCGGUUUCACCCAGCAUCACACGGCUUGCAUUGAUAACAAUGAGUGUGGGUCCCAGCCGUCCCUCUGUGGAGCAAAGGGGAUCUGUCAGAACACUCCUGGGAGCUUCAGCUGCGAAUGCCAAAGAGGCUUCUCCCUGGAUGCCUCUGGGCUGAACUGCGAAGAUGUUGACGAAUGUGACGGAAACCACAGGUGCCAACAUGGCUGCCAGAACAUCCUGGGAGGUUAUCGGUGCGGCUGCCCGCAGGGAUAUGUCCAGCACUACCAGUGGAACCAGUGUGUCGAUGAGAAUGAAUGUUCCAACCCCGGUGCCUGUGGCUCGGCCUCUUGCUACAACACCCUGGGGAGUUACAAGUGCGCCUGUCCCUCGGGCUUCUCCUUCGACCAGUUCUCCAGUGCCUGUCACGACGUGAACGAGUGCUCCUCCUCCAAGAACCCGUGUAGCUACGGCUGCUCCAACACGGAAGGAGGCUACCUCUGUGGCUGCCCACCAGGCUACUUCAGAGUGGGACAGGGCCACUGUGUCUCGGGAAUGGGCUUCAACAAAGGACAGUACCUGUCAGUGGAUUCGGAGGCAGAGGACGACGAAAACGCUCUGUCCCCAGAAGCAUGCUACGAGUGCAAAAUCAAUGGCUACGCCAAGAAAGAUGGCCGGCGGAAGAGGAACGCGCCAGAGCCUGAGCCCGCCUCAGCCGAGGAGCAAAUCAGCCUAGAAAGCGUUGCCAUGGACAGCCCAGUCAACAUGAAGUUCAACCUCUCCGGCCUCGGCUCCAAGGAGCACAUCCUAGAACUGGUCCCCGCCAUUGAGCCCCUCAACAACCACAUCCGUUAUGUCAUCUCCCAAGGGAAUGACGAUGGCGUCUUCCGAAUCCACCAAAGGAAUGGGCUCAGCUACCUGCACACAGCCAAGAAGAAGCUGACUCCCGGCACAUACACACUGGAAAUCACCAGCGUCCCUCUUUAUGGGAAGAAGGAGCUUAGGAAAUUGGAGGAGCGCAAUGAGGACAACUACCUCCUGGGGGUGCUGGGGGAGGCUCUCAGAAUGAGGUUGCAGAUUCAGCUGUAUUAGCCCUUUGCAGACUUGGGUCCCAGCUCAGAUCCCAGCACAGCCAGCCUUCAGAAGUGUUUGGAACGUCACUGACUAAUUUUGAAGAGGAAAAAAAAAAAAAAAAAAAAACCAAAACAACAAAGAACGACUUCCGUUCCUUUCCUCCCUGAUUCAGACUUUGGAAUGUUGACCGUCACAGGGAAGGAUAAUUCAGACUCUGGUAUGGCCAAAGAUUUGAGUGCAAAGGCAAACAUAGUUACUGUAUUUUUUAUAUAACUUCAUUUUAAAAUAUAUUAAAAAAAACCUAAAUGUUCAAGAGAUCAGCAUAUGGCACUAAAUGCACAAAAAGAAAUGUGAGCAUUCUUCCUGUUAGCAGUCUAUAACACUUUGGGUAUUUUGCUAUAGUUGCUAAUUAAAAAAUAUAGAUGUUUAUUUAUUUUAAUGCAGUAAUAUAUGGAGAAAUGAACAAACUAUGUAAACAAAAAGGGAAACUCGCUUGUUUUUCUUAGAUUUAUAAAUUUGAGCUAUUUCUUUUAGAGGUGCUUUAAAAAAAAAAAUCCAAUACAUUCAAGAGAUGUUUUCCUUUAGUUUUUCUGCCAGCCCUCCAACUGGUACGCACCUGACUAUUUCAAAGAAAGUCUCGCGGAGCUGAACGGGCAGUGCGAUCAAUAAUUUAAAAGAUGUGGAAGUCGUUUGAUCCUGUCUGAAGGAAACGAAAGCCAGAGCAGCUCGCCCGACCGUAUUUCACAUCACCAGCUUCACCAGGCAACAGGAGAGGAAACUCAACCACUGUAGCAAAAUACCUUGACUGCUUGUGAGACCGUUAGCAUUGCAGGCCAAACUGUACUGUAUUUCUUCCUCCUCAUAACCUCAAGGAUCCACACGUGCCUCCCACAACACCUCAUUCUUACCAGGGCGCGCUGCGCACUUGUGGUCCCCUAGGCAGCUGAAGAACCCGCCGUUCCUCUGAGCGGGAACACCUGGUGUUCUGUUGCGUUUGGUGCUGUCGUAGAUUAAAUGGUGCAUUUAUUAUGUUCAAGCUAUUUCAGGAUUUGCCAUGUGUGCGAACAAUCAUGCCAUGCAGCCAAGGAGUAUAUGUUGAUGUUGUUUUUUUUUUUUUUUAGAAUUUUCAUUAAUACCGUAGUUAUACACCAUAUGCCUCAUUUUAUCAUAGCUUAUUGUGUAUGAAAUACGUUUGUAAAGUGAAUUGAUGUUUAGUUUGCUUUAGUCAUUUGAAGAGAUGCCACACCAGGAGGCACCAAUAAGAGCACAUGUCCGCGCUCUCCUCCCUGGAGAACCCAUCCUCGG